UCUGACCCCGCCCCCUCGGCCUCGAGCUGAUGCCGUUCCCUGGUCCGGGGCUCGGCUGAGGGAGAGCCAAUAGUGCCAUUGGAUAUCAUUAUAUCAACAACAACAACAAUGCCGAAAAAGAAGAAGAGCAGCGCCGCGUCCACUGCUCGACCGCCUGAAUGUGCUCCACCGCCCGGUACCGGUACCAGCACCUCGGAGAUGGCUCCGGCUGAUCGGGGCCCGGUUCCUUCGCGGGCCUCGGCCUCGAGUUCGCUGGCCGCCGCUGCCGGUGCCGUGGGACCUGGGAUGAACAAGGAAGAGCUACUGGACCGGCUGAUGGAGAUGUUUUCUCAUCUGGACCCGAGCGUGGUGUAUGUGAUGUUGUCCGAGUGUGACUUUAAAGCUGAUGAUGCAAUGGAUUCUUUGCUGGUACUGUCUGAUGCUGCUAAAGGAGUGUCAUCAUCUAGCUCUUCUGGAUUUGAAUGUGUGGCAGCUCCCCUAAGUGAUCAAGUUAAUGGCGAUGAGGUAGUCACAGAAGACUAUGGACGUAAUUCAAUUGCUGCUUCUGAAAGUAUUGGAGUAUCUGGAUGGGAUGAACGAUUGGAUUCCUCAAUUGAAAAAGAACUGGAGAAAUAUUGCAUGAAUACAUAUUAUGAACAAAGCAUGUCAUUUCCACAGUUUCAGCCAUUUAUGAACCGAUAUAACUCUCCCAUUAACCAGUUUCCCAGUCACUAUGUUGGUAACCAAUUACCUCAGCUAACACAGGCAAAUUUAAACUUUGCUUUGAACAAUGUGUCCCAUCAGCAGCAAACAGAUCCAAAUGAUGGCGAACCACGUGGGCACUUGUCUUGUACAUUGGAUUCAAAAAAUUGUGAAGAACAUUUGAGCCAUCAUUUUGAUAGCGAAACCAACAUAGAGAAAAGAUCAGAAGAUCAAUCGGAACUUAACAAGUUCUCUUCCGAAGCUAUUGAAAGGGCCGACCGCAAGAAUACCCCCCUUGAGCAUGCAACUGGGAGGGUUGCAUUUCCGACUAAUAUAAGAGCAGAUGGUACAGAUGAAUGGGCAAGUCAAAGUGAAAGUCAUAGUCUGUCAGCAGCCAUUUCUAUGAAUCUUGGUGCAAUUGGCUCCAAGAAGUAUAGUGGCUCAGAGCAUUUUGGUCCAAAGUAUGAUGAGCUUCCAAAUGCAGUGAACCACCAAGCUGAAUAUUUGAAAAACAGUGACAUUUCCGAUGAAGCAGUAAGAAGAUUUUCUGGUGCUGAUACAAAUGAAUUAUGGUUUGGAUCAAAAAAAGAGAGAUCACCAGAAAACUACAAAUUAUUUGGAGAAUGUCAAGUAUUUGAAGGAACAAAUGAAUUGCUACGAAAAAACAGUUCUCUCGCAAAGAAGUCCUUAGCAAAUAAAGAGAAUGUUUCAAAACAUAUGCAACAAAAUACAACAUGUUUUCCUUAUUGGUUUGAUGUCGGGAAAGACUGCAGUGGUGAAAAGCUCCCACAAUUAACAAACAGUAAGGAAACAAGUUAUCCUCAGUAUUCGAGCAGUGUACAUUUUACAAAUACUCCAACCGUGUCUUCAGUCUCAUGGAAUCCGUGGGCUCCUGAGUUCCAGCCAAUGAACAUGGCAAAAACCUUUAUCACACCUGUGGCAAUGAGUCCUGUGAAACCAAGGUCAGCUGAUGCUUCAACAUGGAGACGUGCUGGAGCUUUAUCCAGUCCUGAUCCAAUUCAUUCAGUUGCAAGUCCUUGUUCCAAUACUUUGCCGUCAAAACCAUGUUUAACUCCAUAUGGCGUACCACAGCUGCAGACUUAUGAGCAUCAGUUUCCACAGCUUGCGCACAGAAAGACAUUGGUUACGCCUAAGCUGUUGUUUUUGAUGAGGGGUCUGCCUGGAUCAGGAAAGAGCACGCUAGCCAGAUUGCUUGUUCAACAGGGCCCUAAUGGAAUCAUUUUAAGCACAGAUGAAUAUUUUUAUCAAAAUGGGAACUACCAGUUUAAUCCUAAUCUAAUUGGACAAGCUCAUCAGUGGAACCAAAAGAGAGCCAAAGAAGCCAUGGAGAAGGGGCUUUCUCCUGUUAUAAUAGAUAACACGAAUACGCAGUCUUGGGAGAUGAAACCUUAUAUUACCAUGGCUUUUAAACACAAUUAUAAAGUGGCAUUUCGUGAACCAAAUACUUGGUGGAAAUUUAAGCCACGGGAGCUUGAACGACGGAACGUUCAUGGUGUGUCAAAAGAGAAAAUUAAAAUCAUUUUAGCCCAUUAUGAGCGUCAUGUAACGAUCAGCACUGUAAUGGCUUCAUUGCAACCGACCUUCCCUGAAAAAAAAGCCGUAGAGCUAUAUCCUGCUGAAAACACUGAAGCUGGAGCAAUAAAUGGACCAACAGGACCAGCCACAUCUCCAGAUCGCCAAGAUUCACCUUGCACCCUGAUAUCAGAUUUAAGUUGUGCAGAAGAUCUGUCCGCUAUUAAAACAAAUAUAGUAUCAUCAGAUAACUUGGUACCACAUUUAUGUUCAUCUGCACAUGCUCCCAGUCAAAGUAGAAAAAGUGAGACUGGACAUGACACUGAUAAUAGUACAAAAUAUUCAGAAUGGUUAAGUGGAGAUAAUGUACGCAAAGCAGACCAGACUGCUGGAUUAGAUGCGAGCAAUUAUAAUUUUUCUGAACCAGAAGAUGAGAAAAGAAAAUUAACAAUUGAAUCGGAGACGGAAGCAGCAGAAAGUACCAACCCCCGGUGCAUUGAGGAUUCAACACAUGAUAAUUCACCAGCUACAUGUAGUAUAUCUGGUCAAGAAAUCAGAAAGGGAGAAUGGCAGAGUGCCGAUAGUACAAUUAAUGAAAGAGAAGGAACACCAAUACUGCCAGAUGAAGGGGAGUCCUCAGGGAAAAGCACUUCAACUAAGAUGGAAUCAAUGGUUUUGGAACAAUCUAGCAAUAUUGAAACCAUAUCUUUAAAUUUUGUUGGAGAUUGGCCAAUUGUAGAAACACCAAAACCUCAAGAUCAGAGAAAAAGACGAAUCAGGAAGACAUCAGAACUAAGUGCCACAAAUGAGAAUAAUGUAGAUCAGUCUAGUAAUUUAGAGUCUGAAAUUACAAGUGAUUCAUUAGAGUACGCUACUCUUAGUUUAAUGGAGCAGGAUAAUGUAGAUAAAACCUCAAAUGAAUCAAACAGUUGUCAGGUUUCUGAGGAUGGUUUUGAUGAUGAUAUACUGUCUUCAGCUGCUGAAAACUCUACUUGGGAAAGCAGUUAUGAAAAUGGUGAGGAUCCUAAAAAUCCAGACAUUUCUGAAGAGCAAAUUUCAGAGGAAUUGUCUGACAAGCAUAUAAAUAAAAAAUCUUGGCAGAACAAAAUGGUAGGAAAAGCAUGUAAACUGGCACCAACAUUCACUAGUAACAGCCCAAUCUCUGAAGAAUUUCCAGAGCCUGCGCCAUUAACUUUAGAUCAAGUGGAAAACUCGAUUGUAAUUCCAGAGAGGUCAAGACAGGCCAACUCCUCUCAAACAACACCUGAUGAUUUUGCUGUCCUGUGGAGAAUUGAGAAAGAAAACACCAGUUCUGCUGAGUAUAAAAUAUUGAUAGGAAUUUCAAAUGGAAUUAAACCAAUCGACUUGGAUGCAACGGCUAAAUCCAUAAAUCCUAAUGUAUCAGUGCCCUACAGAGUAAUGCAUGAUAAAAGCACGUAUGUAGAUGAAAACGACUUUAUGAAUAGCGAAGAGAACCUGCAGAUACUUAGUGAUUGUUUUAAAUCUAUUCCCUUUGAAGAUCUGAAUGAUUUAUAUGAGAAAUGCAACAGAGAUGUAGAAUGGACAACCAAUUUAUUGCUCGACUCUGGAAUGAAGCUUUCAAAUGAAAGCCCAACAAAUGACCAGUCAGGUUCAGACCAUGACCUUACCAGCAGCUGUGUUGAAGAAAAGAACCAAGUACCACAGACAGAGGAAAUAGGUUUGAGUGAAGAGGCACGAGACAGAUCUGGGUGUGAAGUAAAUUGGUUGCCGGCUGGUAAGACAAAGGUUGUGGACGUAUCUGAUCAAUCAUCAGAGACUAAUACAGAAAAUGACUCUGUGGAAUGUGUGGAGUCUUGUCUUGAUAUUGAAACUAUCAACCCAUCACCUGACAAUACUAGAGAACCUGUAAAUGUACCUGAGGAGUUGAAAAGUAAAAAUGUCUUGAGUAAUGCUGGUCUGAUAUUUAACAUUGAGUAUGACCAAUUUACCAAUUAUCCGAAGGAAUAUCAUGAAGGAGAGGAACAGAGUGAAUUAUUGUUCAAGAAGAAUUUGGUCAAUAAUGAAGUUGUGUGCAUGAAGGGUGAUGAAUCUGAAACCUCAAAUGGAAAUAAUAAAAAAGAACCAAACAACUUGUCUGAAUGUGCAGAUAUAAAUGAGACAACUUCAAUAUUGACAAAGGAACUGAAUACCUACGUACAUAGCGUGACAGAAAAUCAACCCAGCUCUAAUGUAGUAAAUAACUCUGUGCAAGAGGAAAAUGGAAAUGAAAUGAUGACUAUCAAAGAUGGAAGCCCGAAUCGGGAUGGUUUAGUGUUGUACUCUGAUUCAAUGCAGAUUCAGUCUUUAGAAUUAUGUUUGCCACCAGAACUGGCAUUUCAACUCAAUGACCUGUUCGGAUCAGUAGGUCUUGAUCCAGAUUCUUUGACUCCAGAAGAAUGUGUUGUACAAAUAGAUCUGAAUUUAGCAAAAAUUAUUCAUCAGAAAUGGAAGGAGACUAUAUUGGAGCGACAAAAGCAAGAAUCUCUGUCCUAUCAACUCCUGUUGGAAGAUGGCAGUUUAUCUGAAAAUUUAACAUGGGAGCCUGAGGCUGAACUGGAGGAAGAGACGCCUGUUCCUUCUACAAUUCAAACAUAUGAUAACAAACAGCCAAGGAGAAAGGCUGGAAGGAACGUAGUCCCUUUAUCCGUUUCCUCGGCUACUGCGACUGAUGGGAUGGAAUGCUUUCCAUUCAUGGAUCAUUGGAGUGCUCGGGUUCCUAGUGUGUCAUUACGAGAUAUCAUGACUGAGGAAAUGGAUUUUCAGUUAAAGCAACAUCAGUGCUUUAUGAAUUCAGUCUUGACAACAAAGGAUUGUGCAACUAAACUAAAGGAGAAACGCCUCCUGGAGAUGUUCCCAGGCAUUGAUAAGCACUUCAUUAUGGAUAUGUAUAAAGACAACAACUAUUCGUUUGAACAGACAGAACAGUUUUUAAAGUCAUUAUUCGACUGUGAUCUCGAGACAACAAAAGGCAUAACAGUUCAUGAUGGUACUCAUCCAACUGAAUUGACUGUGAGCCAGCAUAAAGAUAAGGCAAUUAUGACCAAAGACAUAAAGGAAUUUCGAAGAGAGCGCGUUUUCCAGGAUGUAGAAUACCCUGAUAAUGAAAAUUAUCGGGUUGAAGCAGCACUGCAUCGUCGAAAGCAGCAAGAUUGCUUCAGUAAGGCUGCAGAAGCUCAUAGAAGGGAUAUGAAAGCAGUUGCUACAUAUUAUGCACAGCAGGGUCAUAUCCAUGGUGAAAAAAUGAAAGAAGCCAACCACAGAGCUGCUAUAAAAAUUUUUAAUCAAGUGAACACGUCCUUACUUCCGCAAAAUGUCUUAGACCUUCAUGGCCUUCAUGUGGAUGAAGCCCUGCAUUGUCUGGAGGAAGUGCUAUUCCAGAAGAUUAAUGAAUACCAGCAAAAAGGUGGUAAAUCUUACCUGUCUGUCAUAACUGGGAGAGGACGGCACAGCCAAGGAGGAAUAGCACGUAUAAAACCAGUUGUUAUUGACUACCUCAAACGCCAGAAUUUCAGGUUUACGGAGCCACAACCAGGUGUUGUGAAAAUCAAGUUGAAGUGACAAGAAUAUGACAAGAAGAUUAUUUUCUAAUUUUGAGAGUAUGCAACUGUCUCACUUAAUCUUGCAGCACUGGUGAGAGUGUUUCUAACAUUUAACAAUAUAGUGCUUUUUUAAAAACAUGGCAUCACUCAGGGAGGUCAUAGAAGACUGAAGAUUGAGAGACUUUUUAAAUCAACACAGCAAAAUCUUUGAAAUUAUUGCAUUCUUCUUAAGCAUAUCAAUCUGACUCCUGGAGUAAUGAAGCUUUUACACUGAAGUUCUGAUAAAUGUACUGAUUGUAUUCAAUUCAAUGUUUUCAAAAGUUGUUUUAAUUUCCAUUUCUGUUUGUGGUGCUUUAAAAUGUCUGCAUACAAGGAUAGGAGUUGCCCUUUCUGAAAUAUUUCGAGGCUGUAAAACUGAGAACGAUUUACCCUACUGUUAAUUGCUUUAAUUUGCAUGCCAUAAUUAGAAAUGAAAAGUGUAAGGAUUAGGAGCAGGAAUAGGCUUCUGGCCCUUGAGCCUCCCCUACCAUUUGUGAAAUUAGCCAAUUGCAAAAUAUCUUUUGCUGGUAUGGAUCAAAACUGUGUCUGAUUUUGCGCAGAUUUUCAUAGACUUUAACAAAGGGUAAAUUUGUAAAUGGGACUCCCAAGAUUUAACUGGAAAAUUCUUCACUUUGCUGAUAUUUGCUAUUUAUUACUGUUUUAAAGCAAUAAAAAAAACAUGUUUAGUUUUA